UUUCCAUUCAUUGAAAUUUGAGGGGAAAAGAAACGGUGUGGUUGUGAUCAAACUUAGAUGUCCGUUUCUCCGUGGCUGUCUCCCAAACAAAACCUGAUUCGAUUCCUUACACCAACUGCCUCAGCUCGAUAUCACCUUCCAUUGAUCCGUUCGAAUUUCGCAAACGCUUUCGCCGGAGGAUCGGCGGACAUGGCAGUUAACUCCGUUCGAGUUGCCGUCGCUCAAAUGACCUCCGUUAACAAUCUUUCUUCCAACUUCGCUACCUGUUCUCGACUCGUCAAAGAAGCAGCUUCAGCUGGAGCAAAACUGAUAUGCUUUCCAGAAGAUUUUUCUUUUAUGCCUGCCAGUGAAGGGGAAAGUCAAAAGAUUGCAGAGCCUUUGGACGGACCAAUUAUGAACCAAUACUGCUCUUUGGCAAGAGAAUCCAGGAUAUGGCUAUCGCUUGGAGGCUUUCAAGAGAAGGGACCAGAUGAUCAACAUUUCUACAACACACAUGUCAUAGUUGAUGACACUGGAACCAUCACGAGCAGUUAUAGGAAAAUACACUUGUUUGAUGUUGACGUUCCUGGUGGAAGAGUGUAUAAAGAAAGCAGCUAUACAAAGGCAGGAGAACACAUUGUGGCAGUUGACAGCCCUAUUGGACGACUUGGUCUGACUGUAUGCUAUGAUUUGAGAUUUCCAGAGCUCUACCUACAGUUGAGAUUUCAACACAACGCAAAGGUUUUAUUGGUUCCUUCGGCUUUUACAAAAGAAACUGGGGAGGCGCAUUGGGAAAUUCUUCUUCGUUCUCGUGCAAUUGAGAAUCAAUGCUAUGUCAUAGCUGCUGCUCAAGCUGGAAAAGCUAAUGAGAAAAGAGAGAGUUAUGGUGACUCCUUAAUCAUUGAUCCGUGGGGAAAAAUAGUUGGUCGAUUAUCUGAUCGAUUAUCAACGGGAAUUGCUGUAGCAGACAUUGAUUUUGAUUUGAUCGAGGCAGUGAGAAUAAGGCUUCCAAUUGCCCAGCAACGGAAGCCCUUUGAUUUUUGGAAACCAGCGUCAACCUGACUCCUUCCUCAUUCAGGUGCAUUCACAUUGUUUUUAAAGAACUUUUAUACUUCUAACAUUAUUAUUACGUACAUUCCUCAGUUAACUGCAGAGAUCAAAUCGAUCUAAUGAUUUCUUAUCGUAACAUUAGUUCUUAAAUUGUUAAAUUUGUCUAUUUGACCCUUCAAUUUUAAGAAGUCCUUUAAUUGGUUCUCGAGGUUGUAUAAUAGAUUUUUAAAGUUUCAAUUACAUGUCUAUGAAUUUUUAUUUUAA